CAGACAGCAGUAUACAGGCAGCUGUGGUGAUGGUGAUGUCACUGCUGAAGUGUUUUCUGUUCUUCUUCUCAUUCAAUGAAUUGACCACAGCAGCAGAAGCCAUUGUCUGGGUGAAGACAGGGGAGAAGUUUACCAUGAAGUGCUCCACCACUCUAAAAGACCAGGAUGGAAUGUACCUGUAUGUUGGGCUGGACAGGGACAGGGAGGUGUUGUAUUACCACCAGCGUGACUCCAAGCUGACCCCCAGGAAAGGCUACUGGAACAGAGUGAAGACUGAGGGACCUGUGGACCAACUGACCAUCACCAUCAGUAACCUGACCAUAGAGGACACAGGAGUCUACUGCUGUGUUUACACAACAUUCAAUGAAGCCACGUAUGAAAAUGAUAUCAACCAAGGAAAUGUCUCCACUCUGGUCGUGGUGAAUGACGAUGUCUUACAGCUGCCAUGUCCUACAGCUACUGCAGUAACGCUGACCCCCUUUCACCCAGCCAAUGAGAAGCCGUGCCCAUCUGGCGUGGUAAACAUCAUCACCAUCACCAGCCUCUUGACCAUCCUGAUGUGUGCUGUCAUCUUCCUCAUCUGGCUCCCUCCACAGGUGAAGAGGUGCCGUAAACAGGGAGGAUCCACACCCCAGGUCAUUCCUGAGAGUGUCUAUGAAGCCAUGGCCAGGAAUCACACUUGUCCACCUGACACACAGGUAGAAUCGUACCUCUAUGCUGUGUCUUCCAAAGGAGGAAGUAGGACCACUGAGUAGCUUCUUCAAAUGCUUUUUCUGAAUAUUGCGUCUUUGCUUUCUCAGAAUUGAAAAGCCUGUUCUGCUGUAUUUCACAGUUCUAACCUCAAUGCAAGUCUUAGUGGUAAAUUGUUUGUGUGUGUCGCACCAUAACAUGCUUAUGUGUGUGAAUAAAAUCUCUAUAUGGAAAGUAUUCGUAUUUCAACAGAAGACCAGCGGGAAGAAGGGAACAGCCAAUGUUAUAUUCCAGGGCUAUUCAACUAUAUUCUUACGAGGGCCAGAUGUAAAAAAGGUUCAUUUCAGGGGGCGGACAUUUUCCACAUGCGACGCACACACACCAAUAAAGCACUUUUCUUCUAAUGAAAUGUUGCUAAUAGUAGUUAGGGAAGAAGUGAAAAGUGCUCGAUCAAUGUGAGUUGAGGUGCAACCAAACAAUGUGCUCCUCGUUGUAAAGGAAAAGGCUCAAUGCUUGCUCACCAUUUUGACGAUUAAAAGAUUCUUUAACGUAAUUUGGUGAUUUGAAAAUCAUCUGAAAACUAAGCAUCUCAAUAAAUAACAGAUAACAACCAUAGUGCUUUUCAUUUUGGCACUGAACGUUGGGUUUUGGAGCAGAUCUUUUAUGAAUGUUCAGAAUUGAUCAAAGGGCCAGUCUAAAUUAAUAAACUGGCCAGAUCUGGCCCGUGGGCCGCCAGUUGAAUAUCCCUGUUUUAGUCCAUAAGGUGUAAAGUUGAUAGCGAUGGAGGCCUACCUAUAACUUUUUCAAUACAUCAGGUCAUAGGAUUUAUAUUGGUUUUUAGUUCUAAACAAUAGUGUAGGCUGUGUUUUUCUGUAGUGUUUUUAGGUCACUGGACCACUCAGGAAGCUGUUCCAGUGCAUGGGAUCUGCCACACAGUCAGAAGAGCUAACGUUAAAAUGAGAACAGUUUGUUAAGACUUGUAUUAUAUUUCAUCACAGGUACAAAUAUUUUAGCUGCCUAAACUUCAUCAGGUACAUCAGGAUAUAAGCCAUUUUUACAAUUCCAUUGGAUUAUUCUAUGGUUUUAGUUGAGAUAGCUAGUAGGUUAAAACCAUAAUGAUCUGAGUAAAAAAAUGUCAUGCUGAUACGGAGUAAUGAGUGCAUCUUAUGGUUGGAAAAACAAUUAUUCAUUUUUACCAAGUGAAAAUGGUCUCAUACUAUGACUCAGUUUUUUACUCAUGUUUCAACUUCAUAACAGCUAUUUUCACUUUAAAAUAGUUGUAAUUGUGUAUUGUAUCUUUUUAAAGGAAGAAAAUAUUCUCACCAUUUGCCUUUUAAUCAAAGUACUGAUAUAUUCAUGUGUAAUUUAACUCGUGUAUUCAUGUUUAUGUUGUAUUUGUGUAUGUGGUACGCAUUGGUGAUGUUCAGCUAUAUUUCUUACAUUAUUGUAUGUUUUGGAAAGCUUUCUAUCUGAACCAAGUGAAGACAAGUUCAGACAGGAAACCAGAGUAUUUGCAUCAGCUGAUAUUGCACCAAUUAGAUUCACUCUACUGCUUUCCGACCACCCACCCCAGAUUCCACCUGCCUUGUUCACUGUUUAUUAUUAUUAUGUUAUCAUUAUGCAUGCUCUGGCAAUGAGCUACCCCGAAGGAGCAGAGCCUAACGCCAAGAGUAACACAUUGAAUGUAUUUGAAUAUUUUCUAAUAAAUGUCCAAUUUAUAUGUCAAUAUA